GCCAAGGAUUUCUCGUUUGACAUUUUACGCGCAGCAAAGGAAGCAGACGCCUAAGUAUGCGUUAGGUCCUGUUGCGGCGUGAGGGUCUUUUAGCAAGACCAAGGUCCAGAUGGCGCUGGCGUGGCGUGGUCGCAGUCUGAGUCCCAGGCCGCAUAGCCUUGCAAAUGUUUGUGACACUACAGCCUACCCAGCAAACUACGCGAGACCUUCUGUCCCUCCGGCUUGCUGCCCUUGCGCAAGGCGACAGGUGGUGUGGUGGUGGUGCCCUGGCUCCAGCAGCAUUCGCGGCGUGCCAGCGUGUGGCCGACCCCAGCGCUUGUACCUCUUACGGCUUCAGGCCAUGGACAGCGGAGACAGUGGCGAGGGCCCUCCCUCAGGAGGUGCGGAGCGCGGCGGACCUGGGUCGGAGGCCGGGGCAGGAAGCAGCAGUGGGGCCCCAGGGGGCGAGGCGGGCGAGCCGCUGACGCUGGGUGCGGGUGUGCUAUCCCGCAUGCGGCAGCUAAGGGCGCUGGAUGAGUACAGGCAGCUGAUGGAGCAACUGGCGGAGGUGGAGCUACGGCAGCAGCAGCAACAGCCGGGGCCCAGCGGAGGGAGAGGCGGCAGCGGCAGUAGCAGCGGCGCCUCCGGCAGUAGCAGUAGCGCUCAAGCGGCGGCCUCCUUGUCCUCGUCCCCCGCCUCCUGCUCGGAGCUGCUCCUGCAGGGCGCGCUGCUCAUUGCGCGGCACAGGUACCCCGAGCUGGAUGAGGCGGAGGUGCGGGGCGUGUUGGAUGACAUGGCCAGAAAGGCGUCUGCCCUGCUGCCGGCGGAGGCAGAGCGGCGCUACCCGCUGCGAGUGGUGGCAGCCAUCAAUCGGGUCAUGUAUGUGGACUACGGCUUCAGAGGCAACCAGGAGGACUACUACUCGGCGGACAACAGCUGCAUCAACAAGGUGGUGGAGCGCCGAGUGGGCAUCCCCAUCACGCUCAGCCUGGUGUACAUGGAGGUGGGCCGGCGCCUGGGCCUCACCCUGCGCGGCGUCAACCUGCCCGGACACUUCAUGAUACAGCCAGUGAGGGGACCAGCCAGCGCUAGUCCCGGCCCCGAUGUCGGUAGCCCCAGCGCUGGCAGCAGCAGCAGCAGCAGCAGCGGCGGCGGCGGGACACAGGAAACGGAAGCGCCGGGCGUGACGGCUACUGCAGCGGGUUCGGGGUUCGGGCCGGGGGCGGGCCCCGCAGCUCCGGCGGAUGACGAUGCUAACGAGGAGGCGGAGCAGCCGUUAGAGGUGCUCAUCGAUGCCUUCAAGGGCGGGGAGGUGUGCUACCCGGCGGAGGCGGAGGAGCGGCUGAGCGAGCUGCUGGGAGCGCCCGUGCGCAUCGACCCACAGCUGUUGAAGGAGUCUCGCCCACUGCCUCCCCGCACCUUCCUGCUCCGCAUGCUGUCCAACCUGCGCUCCAUCUACCUAUCCACACAGCAGGUGGACUCCCUGCUGACGGUGGUCAAGUUCAUGCGGGCCACACUGGAGGCCGCAGCGCCUGAGGCCGCAGCGGCACCGGUCGCAGCAGCAAUAGGCGGCCCCAGGGAUGCGUCCAGCCUGGCGGCCCUGGCCCGGGACGAGGGCCUGUGCUACUUCGCUCUGAAGCGCUACCCCGAGGCGGUGGAGGCGCUGAGAGAGUACCUGGCGGUCGACCCCUCUCUGGUGUCGCCCGAGGAGGCGCAGACGGUGGCCGCGGUGCUUGAGGAGGCGCGGCGACGUAUGCGCCUCAAUCGGCCCGACCGCGACUAGACAUGUGGGCCAAGGCGGGGGACAGGUUGCGUGUGGAGGCAGGCAGGCAGGUAGCAGGCAGGCAGGCAACCGUAAGUCUUAGUGUAGGUUCGCGUUAGUGGAUUGGCCAUACCGGUAACGUAUGUUGCAUUGAAAUUGGUGCCACGGAUCGCAGACGCGUUAUUGUUGCACUGAAUGGCUUAGGCAGUUGGCAGGAUAGGGAAUUUAAUCAGGUGCAGCGCCAUACAGGCACCAGCCAACCGAGGCUCUGCCUUCCGCGUGUGGCGUUGCGGUGUGUGUGUCUGAUGCUGUUGCAUGGCCGUCUUGGGGGCGGAUAGGGUGCUUCCCCGACGCUAAACAGGUCUCACCUGACUCCCCCACGCUCUCAGUCCCUCCGCAUAGAUCAUAUUCACUUGCUGGUAGCGUGGGAGGACUGCAUGAGCUCGUCUGAAGUCGACUUGGGCAUGUUUUGGUGAUCCAGCCAGCGUGCUCGAUGGGUACGUGCUGGCACGGUCGAGCCGAAUCAGCCCCGCAGGCAUCAGCCCCUCAGUCACCUCACUCAACAAGCUAAAUCAUACAUACAUGUAAUUGGCCUAGAAU